CACCCACAGCCACUACAGGAGUGUUGUCAGGACUGAGAGUUGUGGCGUUGUGGGGGUGGGACGCAGGCAGAGCCAGCAGACAGAGAGUGUGACCUGGUUUUCCUUUGCUUUCCAGAGCAAACAGCCAUCUGGGACGCAGUGGCCAGCUACAUCCAACAACAGCUCUUGCUACACAAGGUAGUCUUCUACUGCAAGGCUGAUCCGUUGUUGGAGAACCCUGGAUGCCCUUGAGUGGCUUCUGCCCCCAAGUCCCGCUCUUUCCAAGGAGGAAAAGGAAGGAGAGGACUCGGCAUCUCCUCCCCAAAGCUCUCCCCACUGUCCCAGCUGAUGCCUCCAAAGAGCGGGAGGUGGCAGGGUCCGAGGGGGUACGAAUUCCCACCCUCGGCUCCUUUGAUGUGGUCCCCGCACAGAAGCAGGUUGGGACAGAGAUUGUCACUAUCCAGAGGCCUGUGUUUCGCCUGUCCAGGACCCUCAGAGACAUCCACAACCUCAUGGACAACGAGGAUGACCUGUCUGACAAUAAGGUGUUGGAGCCUGUGAAAUAUGCCAAGGUGGCCAUGGAUGCCCACGUGUCCCGGUGCAAAGUGGAGGGAUGCAUCCUAGGCACCAUGUCCCUCCUGUCUCACUGCCUGGCGAAGGGGAAGAGCAUUGCACUUGUCCUGAGAGAUGUUGGGGUGCUCCUCAUUGAAGACAGGAUGGUGCAAAUGAGAUUCUACUAUGAUUUCCUGGAAGAGAUAUCUGGGAAGACAAACCUCAGAAUGGCUGCGUUCAUAUUUCCCCAGCUGCUGGACAUGGUGGUGUCCCGGAUGGUACCUGUUUCUUCCCUGACUCGCACCAGCCGUGUCAUCAUCUUUCCUGAGUUUGAACUGGAGUUUGUGCCCAAAUCUCAGUCCAGGCACCCUCUCAAGGUCUUGAGGCGUGCCCUUGGUGAGGACAUGUGGAAGAAAGAAGAGGAUUUGCCACCCAUCAGGCAACACACAAAAGCGGGACUUCCUGAAGUGCCUUUGCCUGCUGAUUCCAGCUCGGUUACUAACAAACAGGAGGAAGUCCACAAUAAGGCGGCGAUGAAUAAGAGGACGAAGCACCAGGCUAGGCAGCUGCCAGGGAUCCCCGGGGCCGUGUCUGCAAAAAAGUUGCUGGUGAGCGGCCAAUCCAAAGGCAAACCUGCAGCCAAAGGCCAAGCAGCAAAGCCGAACCAAACACAAGCAGCAAGACUGCAGAGGCACAAGCAAAGACAAGGAGAAAAAAUAUACCCUGUUGGAAGCAAAUUCAACACUGAAACAAAUUCAUCAAUGAGCCCGGAAGCCUGGAUGCCCAAGGAGCUCACCUACAAGGUCAUGACUCCGCUGCCAACAAGAGACGAGGCAGCACAAUUACUACAAUCAAGACCUGAAAGGUUCUGGUCGGUGCUGAAAGACCCACAGUAUACAGUCUUAGCGGGAUACAACUUCACAAUUCCCCACGUGAUGCCCUAUAUGUUUUAAGGGUCUGGGCUGACACAACACCACGCGUUUGAAGACCAGACUGGUGAUCUCCAGGAUGGAGCGAUCAGGGUUUGGAGGUGCUCAGAGCACCCACCGAGGUGGCAGAAAGGUCUACAUGCGGACAAAGAGCUUCCAGAACAUGGCGGUACUGUUCGAGAAGAGCCUCUCUUCUUUUGCAGAAAUCUCUCCGUCUUCAGGAUGCAGGGAGCUGUGAAAAGAGACAAACAAAACGGCAAAGCUGUGAAAUAGCACUGAGUUUUUUCAUUGUUCGCAACAACCGUUCACCUCUGUGAUAAGAAAGGAGCAACAGACCUCAGUGCCCUUGGGGUGACCUUGCAAGCUGGAAAGCCCCUGGCUCACGGACAAGGGGGUGACGGUGCCCUGAAAAGGGCUGAGGAAAACGGUCACCUAUUUUUUUUUUUUUUACGCGUGGUCAAAGCUGCUUUUGAGCUCUUUGACCUUCGUGUCCCCAGUGAGCCCCUCACUUCCCCACCGCCACCCAGAGUCACUUGAAUUUGGGGUGCUGCGGUUAAAAUUUAUUACAUUGAUUACUGCUUCUGAAAAAGCCUUUGUUUUUAAUCAGGGCUCGCUUCACUUGGGAGCUCAGGGAGCUCAAGGGCAACUAAUGAGUAGGUGGGUUUUGUCCUGAGACCCCCAAACAAGCAAGAUGUGAGCAGGAACAUCCAGACAAUACAGUGUGCAGCUGUGUCAUGGCGGUAACUCUGCCGCGCCUGGCCAACGUCCUGGCAUGUGUGAACUUUGCAGAUCGUGACACAGCGCACACCUGCACUUGGCAUAAAAUUAAACGUUAUACAUACAGCAGGUGUGUAAACUAUUUUUGUUUUUCACCGACUAUAAAGGUGGGCAUGCUGCGAGACGGGGCAGAACCCUCACAUAUGGGUAGACGCGCUGCACAGGAAUUUUUUCACCAUUCCUGAGAGACUCCUGGCACCAGCUGCAACGGGACUCCCAGCCAAAGGUGUGGGGGGGGCUGGCCAAUGUUUAGGCCGGAAUCAGUGAAGGAUCCUAUUCUUAGUCUCGUUAACACUUUGCAGGACUGAUUCGAUGCUUUGCUGCUCUUGCUCUUUGAUCACAUCGUGCAUAAUAAAUAGUACUGUUUCCUUCUAUCACAUUGCCUGAUAUUUCCCCUUUUUAUAUUGUAAUAUAAUAGGAAUAUAAUAAAAUAACCUGCAUUUAUUCUUACAUUGGAUUUGGAAUUCAUUUUGGCUGAGUAUUCAGUCCGUCGGAAAAAGGGCAAGAUGUGGGCCCAGGGGUUCUGCCUGCGCAGGGGUACGGGUCUCCUCGCAUCUGUGUUGUGGAGGGUGGACGGUGAGUGCUGCAGUGAGCAGAGCCGAGGCUGUGCCCUCGUUGGGCCAGAUGAGCCAAGAGCUUCGGGAACUGGCCCAGCACCCUCCUGCUCCCCAAGCCCAUCACCCUGAUCCUCCUGCAAGAGCUUGAGGCGGCCCCAGCAUGGUACGGCUCGGGGGGGUGAUGACAGACCUCCCCCGUGGACAGCAUCAAGGAUCUCCUGUUUAUUGCUGGAGUACAGCACAGGGAUAAAGAUGGAGUCAGAGCGCAAUCGGCCGGGUCACCAUGGCAGCAAAUGCAGGAAUUUCCCAGUACUGGGCUGUUCUGCACACCGGGACAUGCAGGCACGAGGGGGGCAGCAGGCAGGGAGCUGGGCACGUGACUCGCUGACCGUAAAAACGAGGGGACGGACCAUGAGAGAGUCUUUUGCCUCGACAAAGAUUUGAACCCUAAAAACAAAGCUUUGGGCCCUAGAAGAGGGGUUACACCCGUAACAAUGGGGGUUUGAGCACCCAAGCGGCUUUGUGCCCUACAGGUGAGGGUUUCAAGGCUAAAAAUGAAACUCUGGGCCCUAAAAGAGGCUUUGGUAACAAAAAGAGAGGGGGUUUGGCCCAGCAUGUGAGCCUUUGGCCCACAUUAAAAUAAAGAGUGCGCAAAGUCAGCAUGCGUGCUGGGCACGACUUAUCCCCCGUGCAUCCAGGGCUGGAAAUAAAGACCGCCUGCUUUUGAACACUCAAAACCCGAGUAUUAAAGAGAUUUAUCUCUGAUUUUUUGGUAUCAAACAGGUUAUUUCUCCCCCUGGGCACGCCGCGUCACCUCCAGCAGCCAUGGCGGCCCUUGUGCUCAGGUGGUUGUGGCGGGAGAGGCGUCCCUGCAGCGCUCCUGUCAUUUUGUCACUUGUAUUUAUCGCUGCGGUUCAUUUGGGGCCCUUUGCUGCUGGUUUGGAGCAGCUUUGCUUCAGGGAGCGCAACUUCCUGAGGACUGAGGGGCGCGGCCGGGUGCUUGGAGGACUUCCGGCCCAUCGAGGGUGCGCUCCGGACGACUGAGGGGAGCUUCCGGUGCGCUGGAGGACUUCCGGCCCAUCGAGGGUGCGCUCCGGACGACUGAGGGGAGCUUCCGGUGCGCUGGAGGACUUCCGGCGCAUAGAGCGGCACGCCCGCUGUCGCGGGGGGCGCCGGUGUCGCCCGUGGCCGCUGCGGCAGCCGGCCUCGGCCUCGCUCCGUGCCCGAGAGGCCGCUGGGGGUGACAAGAUCCCCCGGGAACCUCCCCCCCCUCCGGGCGGGGCCGGGCCGGGCAGCGGGGCCGGGCCGGGCAGCGGGGCCGUGGCAGGCGGCGGCGGGGAGGCCCUGGGGCUGUUACUGGCGGUCGGGAGCGGAGGGGAGGAGGGGGGGCAGGAGGAGGAGGAGGAGGAGGAGGCGGCAGCGGCGGCGACGACGCUCUGAGCGGGACCGAGGCCAAAGGUAGAUAAAUAAAGAGCAGGGACGUCGGAAUUCCCAGGAAAAAUGCAGUGUGCCCAGAGGUCGGAAAAGCACCCCAGCGCGUCUCGUUCUCUACAGGAUUUCGCACUUUGACCAUGCCAGCCUGUGUUUUUUAUUUUCUGGGAAUCCAAAUUCCCCGAGGAAGGAAGGAACGAAGGAUUGUGGGUGCAGCAGGUAAGACGGCAGCACCAAACAGACGUGGAGCCAGCUACCAGAGACACCGACGCGCUCCUUCGCUGCAGUGUCGCACCCACAACCUCUCCAGGUCCGUAAUUAAACUUAAUUUGGCUGCGUGGAACACAAACCUGUUUUUUAAAGAGGUAAAUAAUUUAGGAUUCUACAAAAUGACGAGGGAAGGUGGUUUGUUAAAUGUGGUACCACCAAAAAUUUUCUGUCUGAAAAAGAAAAUGCGCUGCUGUUGCUGGUUGCAUCCAUCAGGACCGUGCGUGCCACGGGGUAGGUUCAAUCCCAUAAAAGUCCUUCUCUGCUUUAUUCCCAGCCGCGGGGCGAGUUAUUCCCUGGAAAUCACCCCUGGCAGAUCCCAGGCACCGUGGUUUCUCCCUGCAGCCCCCAUAACAGAUAAUAAAUGUGUCCCGAAGGGUGGAAAGUGCGACGGGGGGUGAAAAAAUUACUAAAAAAAUAAAAAAGACGCGUGGCAGCCGCA